AGAAAACAAACCUGCUUAUUACUAUGCACAUCUCAUAUAUACUCGGGAGAAAUUCGGGGAUGAGUAAAAGAGGUGGCUAGAAUUUGGGCUUACAUAGCAUCUUCACCAAGAAUAAUACAUUUUUAGAGAAAUGAGACAGAGGAAAAGAGUCUUCAGCUUCCAAGGGCAGCAAACUGCGGGAUGCUAAAUAUAUGGAGAACUAAUGGGAGAAAAUAGCUAGUCAAUAAAGUUUGUUCUGUGCUCCCUCCGGGCUGAUGAGCAUCUAGGAUUGUACGUUAUUAGCUUCUGUACAAAUUUAUGUUCUGUUCUCAGGCAGAUAGUUCAGAGAGAACUUUUUGUGGAUAUGCUUCUUCUCAGUUGCCUUCAGCUCAAAGUAAUCCUUCUGGCAAAGGGGCAGAGUUUUGAGUGGCAUACUCUGCUAUUCUUCUGUAGGUGUGAUUAUAAAGUUCCCCUACUUUAUAAUGACCCCUCUGUUUUAACAUGGAAAUCUGAGGUAAGGCACUGUUGAAAAGGAGUUGGAGUGUUGUUCACAUGAGGUUUAUUUAUAAACAAAAAAAUGUAUCAGAGUAACAAAAAAAGUUAGAGUAGAAAUCUGGCCGAGCAACAUGGUGUUGUGCUACAUACCUAUUAAAACGACAAUGUGCUAUGUUCUUUUGUGCAAAGAGUACAUAAAAUAAUUUGAAGUGAAAAAAAGUAAAAACAGCAUAGUGAAUGCACACAGAACAAUUUAAUGAAAUGAAUGUUAAUCAAAGAUUAGAGCCCAUUUUCGGUCUGUGUCAAGUGUUUGUUUUUUUUCCUUUAUAGUUGCUCAAAUCCAUAAUACAGUAAGAGAAAGUUCCUGUUUUGAAAACAGUGCCAAUACAAAUUCUUCCUGAGCCAGGGCUUUAAACAAUGUCAUUUCUUCAUUUUCCUGUCGGUUAAUUCUUUUAACCUUUGAAAGUUGGUGAACCAAGAAAAAUUGUUCCUGUUUUCCCCACAUCUCAGAGGGUGGAGCCUCCAAACCACUGGGAAAGAAGGAAGUUAAAAGAUGUUAAAUACCGGGGCGAGCCUACCCAGGCCAGCCUAGAGGUCUGGCUGCUCAGGCAACAUGAAGGCUUUCCUCAUUCUAGGGCUUUUCCUCCUUUCUGUCGCCGUCCAGGGCAAGGUCUAUGAAAGGUGUGAGUUGGCCAGGACUCUGAAAAGGCUUGGAAUGGAUGGCUUCAGGGGAGUGAAGCUGGCAGACUGGGUGUGUUUGGCCAAAUGGGAAAGCAGUUACAACACAAGAGCUACAAACUACAAUCCUGGAAGCAAAAGCACUGAUUAUGGGAUAUUUCAGAUCAAUAGCCGCUACUGGUGCAAUGAUGGCAAAACCCCAAGCGCAGCUAACGCCUGUCGUAUAUCCUGCAACGUUUUGCUGCAAGAUGACAUCACUCAAGCUGUAGCGUGUGCAAAGAGGGUUGUCAGCGACCCACAAGGCAUCAGAGCAUGGGUGGCUUGGAGAAAUCGUUGUCAAAACCGGGAUCUCACUCAGUAUAUUCAAGGAUGUGGAGUGUAACUGGAAUUUUACUUCUUCAGCUCAUUUUGUCUCUUCUUUCAUAUUUAGGGAGUAGUAGUAGUUUAGUAAAAGCUCACAAUACUGUUCUUUGAAACAAAUAAACUUUUUACAGAAGCAGGAA